ACUCGCCUCCUUUCUGUCCAUUUCCAGUCCAUUUCUGUCCAUUUCCAACUGUUCAUCAUCGGGGCUUUGUCUUCUUAGAUCUAAUUUUUGCUCUUUUUCCCCUUGUCUUUUUUGAAUGGAGAACUGUGUUUCGGAUGGCAUCAAAGUCAGAGUUCUGGGAGACUAGAAAGCCAUUUACCAAAGCCACGGCUCCUUUCUGGAGGCUUGAAAGCAGAGUCUUUGUUCAUGGUUUCUGAAGCGGGGUGGAUCAGCACCGGAGCGCCCUGUGGAAGAGGGUUUUUGGCAACGAGUCCAUUUGAUGUGCUACAUGACUCUGAGCUCGCCAACGCUGUAUAGGAGUUUCAGGCUGUGUUCUUGAAAUAAUUAAGUGAAGUUGGAGAUGUAUCAAUAUGCCUCAAAAAAAAAACUCUAGAAAAAAAGCUGAGCACCUCCCACCCCACCACUUAGAAUCAAAACCUGCAGAAAAUAAGGAUUAUUGUAAGUACCAGGAAUCAGAGGAAGAGCUAGCCAUGGAGGACAGCCCCACAAUGGUGAAGGUGGACCAGGGCGGAAAUCAGAGUUCGCCGCGUCAGGCGAGAAGAUGCCUCCCCAAGGCGCUUGGCUACGUCACUGGCGAUAUGAAAGAACUGGCCAACUGGCUUAAAGACAAACCGAAGAUGCUCCAGUUCGUCAACUGGGUUCUUCGGGGCAUAUCCCAAGUGGUGUUUGUCAGCAACCCCAUCAGUGGAAUCCUGAUUCUGGUGGGACUCCUGGUCCAGAACCCCUGGUGGGCUCUCAAUGGCUGUGUGGGAGCAGUGGUCUCCACCCUGGCGGCCCUCUUACUCAGUCAGGACAGGUCCGCCAUCGCGGCUGGCCUCCAGGGUUACAAUGCUACCCUGGUGGGCAUCCUCAUGGCUGUCUUUUCAGACAAGGGGAACUACUUCUGGUGGCUCUUACUGCCUGUGUCUCUUAUGUCCAUGACUUGUCCAAUUUUCUCAAGUGCGUUGAGCUCCGUGUUCUGCAAAUGGGACCUCCCAGUCUUCACUCUGCCCUUCAACAUGGUAUUGUCAAUGUACCUUUCUGCCACGGGACAUUACAAUCCAUUUUUCCCAAGCCAGUUGAUCACACCUGCAACCUCGGUUCCCAAUGUCACCUGGUCUGACCUCAGCGCCCUGCAGUUACUGAAGUCCGUGCCUGUGGGUGUUGGUCAGAUAUACGGCUGUGAUAAUCCAUGGACAGGGGGCAUCUUCCUGGGCGCCAUCCUCCUCUCCUCCCCCAUCAUGUGCCUACACGCUGCGAUCGGGUCGUUUCUGGGGUUAGCAGCAGGACUCAGUCUUUCUGCUCCGUUUGAGGACAUCUACACUGGACUGUGGGGUUUCAACAGCUCUCUAGCCUGCAUUGCGAUUGGAGGAAUGUUUCUGGUGCUCACCUGGCAAGCGUUCCUCCUGGCUCUUGCCUGCGCUCUGUUCACUGCCUACCUUGGAGCCAGCAUGUCAAACCUGAUGGCUGUGGUCGGAUUGCCAUCUUGUACCUGGUCCUUCUGUUUGGCCACCCUACUGUUUCUCCUGGUGACCACGAAAAACCCUAACAUCUACAGGAUGCCGCUCAGUAAAGUCACUUAUCCUGAAAAAAACCGCAUCUUCUACCUACAAGCCAAAGAGAGGAUGGUUGAAAGCCCUUUACUCUGGGACGUCCCCAAACAAGUGACAGACACAUCAAGAUGAUGUGCUCUGGCUAUGGAAUUUUAGACCCUAAUAGGGCGCUGGCACUAAGAUUGUACUAUAUUUAUAAAGUCAGAAUGAUCCAACAGAAAGAGGAAAUGAGACCAAAGCUAAUUAUUGAUAUUUAUUGAUAUUCCUGGUGUUUGGUUGGCUAGACGAUGUUAACAGUAUUAAAAAUUAAUCUCUAUAAGCCAACUAAACCUUAAGUGAAUGGAAUUCACAGUCACAAGAUCAAAGUCAACCCAGAAUUCUCAGCUAAGCCACUGGGCUUCUUUAAGAUCAAUGCAAGUUACACAUCACAGCUGUGGUCCACGUGGCAGGGGUGCGGCCCAUCACUGAGCCCUUCCCCCAGCUCCUCAGCAGAAGGGCCUCCAUGCUGUCCCACGUGCGGGUCCCAUCUCUUACAGGAGAUGGUUGGUUUGGUUCAGGCUAGCAGAGCCGCAGGAGGAAGGAGGGAUCCUGUCCACAAAAAUUACUCUGUAGUGUCCCUUUUCUUGGAUUCUGCAAAGGAUUUUCUAGGUAGAGUUUAGUAUUAUCUUUUUUCUUAGGAGAAUGGAUUUGUUUUCAAAGAGGUAAAAGAAGAGAAGUUCCUGGCUUCAUCAGUUCCUAGAUAUUAAAGAAAAGUUACAUUUUUCUAAAAUAUUUCUCAUAGCUAUUUUUACUUUAAUCCCUAAAUUGGUUUUGUCAAUGCCACAAGUGCACAGACUCAAACCAUAAACAUCCAGGAGCCUCUGAAAGGCAUUUUUAAUUCAUUUAAAGAUGACUUAUACGUUAUAAAGACUGAAAGCUAAUGUCAGAUCGCUUCCGGGUGUUUCAAAGUUGUUGAAUUCUUACGUUAAAAAAAUAAUUGUGAUUUUCUGCACACUGACAGUGUUCUCGCUCAGAAACCAAUGGUAUUUGAGCUACCAAAAAGAAAUAUAGAUAAAAGAGGCCCCUGCUUUGUUUUGUUUGUGUGAGUUAUCAGUCCUAUAAAGAGUCUGUAACCCAAAAGCUGCAAGUGGUGAUAGGAAGCUCAGGAAUUUUGGAGGAUUGGAAAAGCGAAGCUGAAAUCCUAAAGGUUUUUUUCCUCUUCAGGUUGGCAGUGCCAAAUAUGCAGUUUGCUGAGUGAGCAAACAGAAGAAGGGCAGUAAACCUACAAAUAUUUUAGGGAACAGUUCACUCCUUCAUUUUCUCAAGAAAACAAACCUUGUUCCAAUUUUAAAACUUUGUGACCAAAGCCUUUUGAAACCAUGACUCCACAAUUGUCAUGGAGUCAUGCAUCUUCCUGCAGAAAAACUAAGUUUUCAGUGUUUGAACUGAAAUCUCCCUUGUCAGGGAAUUUGUGAAAUGAGAGUCGGGGGGGAGGGGGUGGUCAAAAAAGCAAGAUAACCAAAGAUAACCAGGAGUAAAGAACCUGGACCACAGCUGAGCGAACCAGACCCUCUGAACUGUCUCCAAGUCCAUCUUCAGAACAAAGCUCCAGCGUGUUGAUUGCACACCCUGUUCCUCUGUGCUCGUACGGACUUCUAAACAGGAACAUUUUAAAUUCUUGGACGUUGUCUAAUUUAAAUGGCAUAAAUUUGCUCAAGCUAUUUUUAUUACUAAGUAUUAUCCUAACAAUAUUAGCGAGUAUUUUAUUGGUUUUCUUAGGGAGCACUUGCAUUCUUUACUAUUGUCUGUAUGACAGAUUUCUAUGUAGGAAUAUGAAUAAAUUACAGUCACUGCUC